AUGUAUCAAGACGUGGUGAGCUCCUCAUCAUUCUCUGCUCCCAGCAUCUCGUUCACCGUACCCACACUUUCGACAUCGACAUGGCUUUCAACACCCUCUCGUGUCAGACGUCUCGUCGCCCUCACGGCCGCCACUCUGCGCCCUAGGUUCCACCUCCACGAAGCCAACACGACCACCCUCUCUCUAAAUUUCCGGAUCUGCGGACUCGACACGAGUCACGAGGUGUGGUUCGCAACGGGCCUUGCCGACAGUGUCAACGACUCAACGUUGCUUCCAUCGGACGAGGGCAUGAUCACCCUCCGCGGGCUCUUUCUCAUCGACUCUAUGAAGGUAUCCUUAGCAAUCACGAUCAAUAACCUCCCCAUCAACCGCUCGGUCGAGGAGACGAUCCGGCUCGUGAAGGCGUUCCAGUUCACCCAGUGGAUGCGUCUCUCUUCCUCCGCGUUCCCCGUCGCUGCUCCCGCUGACCUCUCCUUCAGCCUCGCACCCCCUUCCCCUUCACCGUUUGCGACGCAGCCGCAGGAAGAGCAUGGUGAGGAGUGA